AUGAUUCAAGAGGUACUACAAAACUGCCACGACUCGUUGGAAGGAGGUCAUCAAGGCAUUGCACGGACUUUCUACCGGGUGAAAUUAGAUUACUACUGGGUCGGUCUAUACGCCGAUGUCGCAAGACACGUACGCUCUUGUCCUGACUGUAGUUCGAGUAAAAGCCGACCGAAGCUUCGCGGAUACUCACCGGGCAACAUUCUGGCGGAACGACCUUUCCAAAUCGUGUCUAUGGACUUCGUCAUACCCUUACCGAAGUCUCGGCGAGGAAAUACGGCGUUGUUUGUGCAUUUUGCAUUCACCGGAUUUGUGAUGGGCAAAGCCAUGGCGAACACCACUGCCUUACAGGUGGCACAGGUGUUUGAGGAGUGCGUCUACCGAAGAUUCGGAGCGCCAUCGCUGAUUAGACAUGACAGAGACCCACGCUUCAUGAGUGAUGUCUUCUAA